ACGACAACCACGGUAAUGAAUGUUUUCCUCUCGGCAGAUGCGUGUGGCCUGAGUGACCUGUCUCACAUCGAGGGUCUCCAGGAGAAGUCUCAGUGUGCCCUGGAGGAGUACUGUCGGACGCAGUACCCCAACCAGCCCACCAGGUUCGGCAAACUCCUCCUCCGCCUCCCCUCCCUUCGCACAGUCUCCUCCACCGUCAUAGAACAGCUCUUCUUCGUCAGACUGGUGGGCAAGACUCCCAUAGAGACCCUUAUUAGGGACAUGCUGCUCUCCGGGUCGACAUUCAACUGGCCCUACAUGGGCAGUAUGUGACAGGCGGCUUUGGGCACGAAUCCUGGUCUCACCCCCGGGAACGUGCCCACCUCUGCUGCCUCACACGCCCUCUCCUCCGCCGCCCACGCCCUCACGUCCGUCGCUCACGCUCAGACUCCGGGCCACACCCACAGCCCAGCCGUCUCCUCCUUCCAGCUUCCCACCCUGGCCGCAGCCUUUCGGUGAUGAACCGCACAACCAUCACCUUCAGAAGGACCCAUCCACCAGCCGCCGCCCACCUCGCCUCUACCACCUCCCACACCAUCACCACCACCACUUCCACCAUACACUGCGAGAGCUCACCUCAAGACCACCACACCAAGAGGACUCGGUGGGCCUUCACCAACAGUAAUAGGACUCCUCCCUCCCAUACUACACUUAAACGGGAGUAUGGUUGACGCUGCAGGAUUGUUUUGGUCUUGGCAGAGGUGGAAAGAGGUGUCGGUGUAAACAGCGGUGCUCGUCCACGCGGUGAGUUACGGAGGGUGAGAAUUCCGUAAACACUUCAGUGGGUGGAGUUACCAUGUGGAAUGAAAGGCUACUAAGGUGGAGUGUGGAGUGACUGGCUCCAUGAGAGAGACUUCCUUGGCACAUCACCAGACUUGUGUACACUUGGUGUAGUGAAGGAGCAGAGUACUCUUGGUGGGGGACUCCGGUGAUUCUCAAGUGACAAGAAGUUAAACUUACGGAAAAAUAAUCUUAUUGAACGUAAACUGUUGCCUGAUGGACAACCAGAUAGAAACUUAUGCUAAGUAUGUAUUUAGAAACACAACAAAGCAGGUGUUCAACGACAGGAAUAUAAUAAAUAAAGCGAUUACUCAAAAGACGAGAUCCGUGUCUGGUCAGCCGAAGAAGACAAGAGACCGCAACGGGCCAUCUACCCGGCGAGGGAAGUAACCACUUGUGUAUACAGUACCCUCUUCACGUUACCUGUUCUUGUAUAUGUGAUAACUAGAGACAUCAGAGUGCAAGGAGUACAAGAAAGCACACAAGACGUCUUUAGUUGCAUCCAUGUAUAUUUUGUAUAUAUUAGGAUCUAAGGUUUUAUACUCGGGUCGGGGUGUGUGGGUCGUCCCAGCACCUCACUUGUACAGUAGCAGACCUGAGCACUGCCUCGGUCCCUCCUGUCUCCCAGCCCCCCGCCCUACUCCACCCGCCUCCUCCUCCCUCUAUACACACCUCCAUACUGAUUGUGCGUAUAUAUUACAAACAAACAAAUAAACACAGAUUCGUGCUUGGAGACAAAAAAAAGCACACAACACAAAAAAUGAUGCAGAUACAACACGUUUUAUAUUGUGUGUGUGUGUUUGAAAAUGAAGCAGAAUGAUCAUUAGUAGACGAGAAAUACACACUGAAAAACUGUGCAAUGACACAACUUGUGGGAGGUGUGGAGUGCGGGCGAGGGUGGGUGGAGGCGCCUGGGGGUGCCGGAGAACAGAUACUCUAGCCUAUGUCCCGGUUCUGUAGAUUUUCCCUCAUUUUGUGGUGCGCAAAGUUUGGGACCGUCUCAGUUUUUUGUACUGACAUUUAUCAUAAACCCACACCCUUCCAGAUCAAAUUUUUGUUACUGUUAUAAUUGUGCACAGAUGAGAGAGAUAUUUGGUGCAAAAUACUUGUGUUUAUUGUGGUGCUUGAUAUCACGCAGGAGAAGAUUCUGUCAAUAUGAAUCACAUAUCGCGUAAAAUCAAAACCAAGCGACAUAAUAGUGCACAAGGCAGGCUCAGCUCUGUGCUUGUAUACCUACCCUCCCCCUCCCCUCCUCCCCCAGGGUCACGCAGGGUCACCAGACCCUUCCAGUACAACCCGCCGGAGCUCCACCAUAUCCUCGUCUUGCUGUACUUAAUUCAUCUACCUACUUAAUCUAUGUGGUGGUAACCUCCUCAACAGCCUCACUUCAGUAAGACAAAACUGAACAACUUCUGGCCUAAUAUGAUGCACGACACACGUGAUGUCUUGAAUAAAAUUAUGCAGUAUGUUUGACUGAAGUGGGUUGAAGGCGGUGGAGACGGCAGCACAGAGCACUGUCAGGCAGCGGCCUCAUCACCGGCCUCACCAGGCGUUGACCCACGAGCUGUGGCCUAACCAUCUAGCGGCUAACAUCAACGACCUCACCACCAGCCUCACGCACUCACACAACUGUGUACUGAAUGUUGUUUUGUUUGUAAAGUCUAGCAGCCCUGGAGAGUUGAGAGUGUAGUACAGACGCCCCGGUGUAGGCCAGGGCCACCCAGUGUACAGGUGCCGCCAACAAGUGUACAAAGAGGCACGGGCCGCGCUGUGCGGGGCGGACGGGCCUUCUCCUCCCCCUCCUCCUCGGGGCAGGCCCUGGUUACUCCCCAAGUACUAGGCCUCAGAGGGCGGCACCCGUCUGCCCGGACAAUUGCAGCGCCGCCCGUGUGAGCGUCCUAGGUGUGUGACAACCGUGACGUCAUCCAUGUUGUUUGUACUUAGGCUACACAGGUGUCGUAGACACAAACAGUAUGUUUUCUCUUAAAUAAAUGAUCUCAAAAAUUCUGUUGUAAA